AAGGUUCACCAGUUGGAAACUUAUUUGUUUCCUAACCGUGAUUUUAUACAUACUCCCAUAUCUCCUUACCUGACUUUACUGUGUGUGCUCAGUGAACUGUUAAAGCCUGGACUAAUUUAACAUACUGUUCUGUUUUUUGAUUGAAAUCGAGCAGGGACUAAGCUGUACAGACGUCUUUUGUUUUCUUAUUAGAAAAAUUUGGAAGUGUGUGCUGUUUUUCUGUAGAUUUUCAUUCUCUGAACUCUUACAUUUAUGAGCGGUUGAUCGGCAUUUAAAAAGUCAUUUGAGUGGCAUAAACACUGGUGGUUGUCGAGGCAUAUUUGUGGAUUUAAAUAAUCACCAAAAUAUUGAUGGCUUUUUUAAUUGCUGUGCUGGUUGGGUGAUAGAGACAGUGGUGUUUCCCGUUCGCCUCAGAUGACCUUGUGCUGGGAUUACAUAUAGAUAGUGGGUCUCUAUAAGCGGGGCAGAGAUAACCAGACUUGAGUUGAAAUUUGAACAUCUGACACCAUAAUACCAGUACAGCGCAGUGAACUGACUUAGUUUUACCCAGCAAGACAGGAUAUUACAUAUCAAGAGUUUUCCGUGGAAUAUUACAUACCACUGACGUAGUGUUGUACAAUUCUGAAUGUUACCUUCACACACUGGAGUCUGAUUGUGGCGUGUAGAAAUUACUGUAAACAUACCCAGGGGUCAAUAGUUUCACUGGUAUUGGACAUGAGGUCAUCUGCCUGGCUGUUUCAACAAUAGAUAAAUAUUCUCUACCUGAUAUGGAGUGUGCAUAAUUUACUUGAAACUCAGGAGAAUUGAUGUAAAUGGCUUGAAGAAGGAUAGAUAUUAAUAUAAGGUUUUAGAUCUUCCCACCUCAUAUUUGACACUAAGUGUUUAUGACACACGUUGGAUCAUAGAUCCAAGGAAUGCAGUAACUGUGCCAGUGUUUUGUAGGAAAAAAAGAGUGUGCCAGUAGCAUAUGUAGUGUUGUUCAAUGAUCUAAUCAUUUCAGUGUUGUUGUUUGUGUAAUUCAAUUGAAAGUGCUUUGUCUGGGAAAUAUUUACCAGCUCAAGGAUAAGAAACAAAAUCUUCUUCACUCAAGGGACGUAAACCUUUGAUUUCGAUUUAUGUGAUGCCAUUAGUAUAGUUUCAUUUUUAGUAAAGAAGGAAUCAUGAAUAGCAUUAUUUACGACGAUUUCCAAGAUUGGCUAUAUAAUCCCCAUCCAGUGAGUACAGUUCAUCAGGGGGGUUUUCCACCCGUGGUCAGUAAUACCCCCCUGAUAUCUCCUCCCCAUCAACACCCCGCACAACAGCAGCAGCAAAGAGAAAGUAUGGACACUAGUGAACCCAUGCAAGUCUCCACUACGGGAGAUACCUACAUGGACUGUGAUUCAUCUGAGUACUAUGGAAGGGAUGCUGCCUCUAAGAGAGAACAGAAAAGGAGACCUAAACCUAAAGAUGGCACCCUUCUUGUCUGUGGAGUCUGUGGGGAUAAGGCCCUGGGCUACAACUUUGAUGCCAUUACCUGCGAAUCCUGUAAGGCAUUCUUCAGGAGAAAUGCCUUAAAAACAAAGGUUUUUGCUUGCAGCUUUGAUGGAAAUUGUAAGCUAGACACCCACACAAGAAAAUUCUGCUCUGGCUGUCGUCUGAAGAAGUGCUUUGACAUAGGCAUGAAGAAGGACUGGAUUCUAAGUGAAGAUCAAUUGGCAAAGCGUAGACAGAAGCUUACAAAGCAGGAUCGAGCCAAGCUUCGCAAGAUAGAAGAGCCAGGAUGUCAGGUGACAGCUUGUCCAGAGGUAUCCACCAGUAACUACCAUUCGGACGAGUCGUCGUCUUACAACCAAUCCCCUCCCACAGAGUUAUCUCCCUUCAAAUCAGAAAUGGAUGACGACGACUACCCAAGACCAUUGCCCGAGGACGUCCGCAAAGAAAUUCAAAAUUUGGAGGAGCAAUACGCAGCAGUGUUUGACCAGCCAUACAAUGAGACCCAGUUUAGGAAACUGACAGAAAGUCCCCGGUCUGCCAAUGACCUUUUCAAUUUAACAGAUAUAUUUAUACGUAGAUUGAUCAAGUUUGCAAAACAUGUACCAGAGUUCAAACAGCUACAGCAGGAAGACCAGAUUCAUUUGCUUAAAGGAGGCAUCAUGGAAAUUAUGGUCUUGCGUUCAGUGAUGGGAUUUGAUUCACAGGCCAUGGGAUGGAAAGUGCGAGGAGGCACGUCACAAAAUAAUAAAAUAUGUGAAACACAACUUAGCCCAGAAAUGAUCAAAACGAUGGACACCCACAUGUAUUCAGACCAUGUGAAAUUUGUUAUGAGUCUAAAUCAACUUACAAAAGCCAACAAAACCAUAUUGACCCUACUAUUCGUGAUCGAAUUAUUUUCUUCAGACAGACCAUGUCUCAAAAACAAGGAGCUAGUUGCCAAGGGACAGGAAAAAUUUUCUACCUGGCUUCAAGCCUACCUGGAAUCCAUUUACCCUGUCAGCGAAGCUCGACAGCUGUAUCCCAAACUUCUAAUGAAGCUACUGGACGUGCGAAGCCUUGGAGAGUCAAGUGCUCAACUUGCCUCCCAUCUUGAUAUUACAAGACUCGAGCCACUGCUUGUGGAAAUCUUCAGUUUACAAAAGUGACAUGAAAUGGCACAAAGAAUCAUGGGGUUUAACUGGAAUAUACAAACAGUAGUAUGUUUUUUGACAUCAACGACCUUGUACAAUAUGGCAUCAUUGUGCUCUAUAUGUUGUCUUGUUCUGAAGCACCAGGCUCAGGCAGCUAAGCUAUUAUUGUCUUGGGGUUGGGAGUAGGUUGGUAAGGGCAGAAGAAGUCCUACCAAAAUUAGGACCAGGACUUCAUGUAUGAAUGAAUUGCAAGUCUGUAAUAUAGGAAAUUUAGUGUGCUUUCUUGUAUAUAACAAAGUCGUGUGGUUUAGUGAAAGUAUAGAUCUUUUUAGCAGAGGAGAAGCAUACAAAUUAAAACAAUACAUGUAUAAGCAAAAUUCACUUUUUAAAAAAAUGGCUACAGUUUUAAAAAAUUUCCAGUGAGGGCUUAAAAGAAACUAGAAUUUCCAUAAUUUGUAGGCUUGCUAUGAGUAGAGAAUAGUUAAUUCAUUGUCAGAAGCUUUUUUGUGUUGUAGUUUCUUGCCUAAGUUUGUGUACAGACACAUCAGUGGCAGGAUUUUGACUGUUGCGUGUUAUAGUUCUUGCCUAAGUUUGUGUACAAACACAGCAGUGGCAUGAUUUUGACUGUUGAGCCUCAGGGAGGACAAUAAAAUGUUCAGGGAAUCUUCAGGCUCGGCAGCACCUACCUCUAGAGUAUACUCACAAUGUAUUACCCAUCAGCCACUGCAACAUUUCCCAUCAUUCACUGCAGUAUCCUGCUUUCUGUUCUCAUGUUCAGCUUUGUGUUUAAUUGCUAUCAUGUGUAAUUGCUUAUUUUUUGAAAAAACAAGAGAUGUUCUUCAAUUUGCAUUGCUUUGUAUAUGUAUAAAUCAGUUGUUUUUUUUCACAUAAACAAAAACAUAUCCCCAAAAUUUAUUGAAUAAAAUAGCAUAUCUUAUUGUUAAUAACAUUUUUUAAAAAAUCAGUAAACCUGUAUAUGUUGUAUUUUACAAUUGGGAGUACUGUCCUUACAUGAUGUAUGUUGCUAUGGUCAUUUCACGCCAUGUGAAAUAAGUCUGUUUGCAUGUGUGUAAAAAUAAGGUUCAUCUCGUCCAUUGAAAACUCGCAACCUUGAAUGGCAGUAAGAAUUAUUAGGUGACGUACAUUACCAUUCAAGACACAGCCAGAGAACUGGGUCCCAAUAGUGUUAUAUUAAUGGAGAACAUAUCUAUUGAUUUUUGUCCUGUUUUGACGUAAGUGAAUAUUGAUCUGCCUUUACGACCCGGCUUGGUCAAAGGUGCAAAAAAUCAAGGUUGUGGGGACCAUAUCUACUGCCUUAUUAUAUGUGUACCGGUUAAAACAUGGUUUAUGGCAUGCUUGAGAAUGGUGCUUGAAUGCAAUUUUGUGUGUUUGUUCAAAUAUGUCCUAGUAAAAUGGGCCACCUUAAAGUGGUAGAGUGAGGUAUUUGUUCUGUAUGUGUUGAAGAAUUUGUUAGAUUUAUGACAGGGAACACAACUGUCUUUUCUUUAUUGUGUUUGAUAUAUGAAUGUACCCUGUUUGCUUAAUAGGGUGAAUAUAACAUCUUGCAUUGUACAGAUUCUUGAGAGUUUAACUGUGUAAAAACAGUGAUAUUAAUAUUAAUAGUACAGAGUUUUUAUAGCUGUGCUCAAUUGUUCCUAUACUUAUGACAAAAACAUGGAGUUCUUUAAUGAUAAAUAUCAAAUUGCUCCAAAAUUUAUUUUUUACUUUAAUAUCAGAUUUUCUUAAAAUUCAAUUUCAAAUCAAGCCAUCCUGAAAUGAAGAUUCAGAAUCUGAUAAUAAAUCUGAACUGUAUUUGAGGGGAUGUAAUGAUAGGGGUUCAAUAAGUAUUGAUUUGGACUUUAUUUUACUGUAGCUAGUAGUAAAUAAGGAAAAUAAAGUUAAAACCUUAGCAUCUCAGAAAGUUUAUCAGAUUAUAUUAUGUUUUUAAAAAUAUGCUGCAUGCACAUAAUGUCCAUGUUCACUGUUGUGACACUGUGUAUACAAGGCAUUUAUUCCACUGUGAUCUAGAAAUGAUUCCGGUGGAUCAGGUAUAUCUUGGAGAUAACAUUUGGAGAAGAAAAAUAUUGGUCUAUGUUACAGAGAGACCUUGAGUCAAAAACUAAUGUUAUGGAUGUCAUAAUUUUAUAGUAUGUUGUGUAAUGUUGUUGGCUUUAACCAAAAAGAAUUAUGAUUUUUAAAGAAAGAAAAAAAGAUAAAAUUGGGUUAAUUCAAAUUUCUACAAUAUGAAAGUGCUAAUAUUUUUAGGUGUUUCUGUAGUAAAUGUUAUUUGUAGACAUGUUUUGUAUUGUUAAUAUGGACUUUUUUAGAUAAAAUAUUUUCAUUGCCAAAAAUUAUACAAAAGAAAUUUUAUCCAUGACCAUGUACUUGUAUUGAAAGUAGCUCAAAUUGUACAUUUUGUAAAUGUAAUAUUAUACAGGUUUUUACAUGGAGGAAUUACACUAUUGUUUCUAAUUCUCUAUUUUAUUGUCAUGGAUAGCAUGAAAACUUUCAUCUUUUUGUGUAUUGGCACUAUAAAAACUGUUUAUAAGGUGAUAAUAUUGUGAUGCUCAAAAAAGCAACUUGUCUGAUGUUGAAUAAAAAAAAGUAUGGGUGACAACAAAGGAAA